AUGAGUAACGACGAACCUAACAAUUAUUACAUCACUGGAUUUCCCCCUCUGUACUGCAAGAAUACUGUCUUACUAUAUACAAUAUACAACACUAAGUAUAUAGACUGUUCCAGACGGAUUAAAGUCCAGUAUAUUUAUAACCUUCUUACACUACGAUUUAAUUAUUACUCAGCAACAAUGGCCGACCACGAGCAAAGUGCAACUAGUGACGGGCCUCAUCUUGAAGUAUUGGAUCGUGUAAAAAAUAUUCCAGCAGUUCAUACGGCGAUCGAAAAAACCGGCUCAACUUAUUCUUACUUGAAAGGAUCACAUCAUCUUAUUAAUUGGGCUCUGAGUUAUGCUGAAGCAGGAUUAUGCUAUGCAACAGCAACUGCUGCUCCAAUAGCAAAACCUCUUGCUAAAAAAUUUGAGGACCAAAUUAAUACUGUGGAUCAAAAACUGUGUCAAGGACUUAACAUUGUUGAACAAAAAGUUCCUAUUUUCAAGCAACCUACUCAAGAGGUAUAUGAUGCAGCCAGAAGAGUCUUAAAUAGUUCUCUUCAGCCUACAAUAAAUAAAUUACUUGCUGCGAAAGAAUCAGCUACGCAACAGGCAAAUGUGAUCAAGAAAAUAAGCGUAGAUAAAGCCAAUGAACUUCUAAGCACUCAUUAUGGUGCCAUGGCCAUACAGGGUGUAGAUAAUACUAGCACUCUUGUUAAUAAUUUACUUGAUCAUUAUUUUCCUCCUACUGAAGAAGAAGAAUCUAAACCAGCUCCAGUAUCAGCAGAUGAAAAUAAAGUUUUACAUGCAGUUCAAACAAUUGGCCAAUUGUCAUCUAAAACUGCAAAUCGUGUUUACCAUUCAGUUGCCGCUCAGCUAAGGACAAUAAAAAAGGAAGAUGUGGCUACUUACAUAACCAGCGUUGUUUCAAUCUUGCAUUUGACACACUUUUUAAAUCUCGACAAAAACACGGCAGCCUUUUCAACACCUCCAGAAGACACAAAAUAA